ACAAAGAGAAUACGCUUUCGUGGAUGAGUUAACCGGCGUAAAGGGAAGGACUUUAAAGCUCCAAAACAAUGGCUAACGUGCCACCUGGAGGCAGCAAAAGCACUAGCAAGGAAUCGCCAGCAUCUUUGUCGGCUCAAAGACGUCCAUCUGCUGUCCUAUUAAAUCCUAGCGAAAUAAGUCGCCCAAUGAAUCUUCAAAGAAUUUCGCAGCGUAAAGCUCUCGUCAAGAACUAUCCGAAAACCAAGAAACUAGAAAAACUUGGGGUGUAUUCUUCUUGCAAGGCAGAGGAACCUUGUAAGUGCAAUGGCUGGAAGAAUCCCAACCCACUUCCAGCCUCAUCACAGCCUAGCAGACUUGACAGUGCUACAGCUCUUGCUAACCUUGACGAUCCCUGCAGAAGCUGCUCACAUCCUUUAGCAUCGCAUGUUUCUCAUUUGGAGAACGUGGAUGAGGAGGAAAUUAAUCGCUUGCUUCUAAUUGUUGUUGAUGUGGAGAACCUGUUCCUAUGUGUUCAUCGCGAGGAGGAUGCUGAUACUAAACAAGUCUAUUAUUAUCUUUUUAAGCUUUUACGAAAGUGUAUUCUACAGAUGAGUAAGCCGUCUGUUGAAGGGCCUCUUGGCAGUCCACCAUUCGAGAAACCAAGUGUAGCAAAGGGCAUUACAAACUUUGUACAGUACAAGUUUGGCCAUUUACCACAAAAGGAAUGGCAGACAAUGUAUGACCUGGCAAAGAUGUUUCUCCAUUGUUUCAACCACUGGCGGUUAGAAACGCCAACGGUUAGAAAGGAGCGGUCACAGUUGGACGACGUUUCAACCUAUAAGGUCAACUACACACGGUGGUUAUGCUACACCCAUGUUCCUGCCUUCUGUGAUAGCCUGCAAAAGUAUGAGACAACUCAUAUCUUCGGUCGAACACUUCUACGAUCAGUAUUCACUGUCAUGCGACAACAACUCCUAGAUAAGUUCCGUGCCGAGAAAGAUAAGAUGCCCCCGGAAAAGAGGACAUUAAUAAUGACACAUUUUCCAAGAUUUUUAUCUAUGUUGGAGGAGGAAGUUUAUGGCAAAGAUUCACCAAUCUGGGACCCUGACUUCUGUCAAUCAACUGACAACUCUCCAGCACUCUCAAUGCCAGACCAUGGGUCAUCAGGGGACACCGAUAGUCUUUGCUCAGAGAAUCCAGCCAGUGCUACCACAGCAACUACAGAGGACUCUCCAAGUAGUGAAUUGAAACAAGAAAAUGCCGUGGCAACGGGUGGCGAAAUGAAAAGGAGGGCAAAGGAAAAGGCCGAUUUAGAAAUAUCUGGAGAUAAGAAAAGAAGGGUUGCCGAGGAGAGUGAUAGCAUUGAAGAUGUAAAAAGACAACGUCUUGCCACUGACAUCCCAAUGGAACUCGUCACAGAGGUCCUGUCAACAAUUACUGAUCCUGCUGCCAUGGUUGGUCCAGAGGACAAUUUGUUUUCCGCCCAUGCAUCCCGAGAUGAGGCAGCAAGGCUGGAGGAAAAACGUGGUGUGAUUGAGUUUCACGUGAUUGGCAACUCAUUAAGUCAUAGGCCGUCAAAACAGACAAUGAUGUGGCUUAUUGGCCUGCAGAAUGUCUUCUCUCACCAAUUACCCAGAAUGCCAAAGGAAUAUAUAACAAGACUUGUAUUUGAUCCGAAGCACAAGACAUUGGCGUUGGUAAAAGACAAGCGUGUGAUUGGUGGAAUUUGUUUCCGAAUGUUUCCGUCACAGGGUUUCACCGAGAUUGUGUUUUGUGCUGUGACGUCUAAUGAACAAGUCAAGGGAUAUGGAACACACCUUAUGAAUCACCUGAAGGACUACCACAUCAAGCACGGCAUCUACAACUUCCUCACGUUUGCAGAUGAGUACGCUAUUGGCUACUUCAAAAAACAGGGUUUUUCAAAAGACAUUAAAAUGGCUAAAGCUGCAUACAUUGGCUAUAUCAAGGACUAUGAGGGCGCUACACUAAUGGGAUGUCAACUCAAUCCCAGGAUUCCUCACACGGAAUUCUCAAAGAUUAUCAGGAAACAGAAAGAGAUUGUGAAGAAAUUAAUCGAAAAGAAGCAGGGAGAGUUACGGAAAGUUUACCCCGGGCUUACUUGCUUCAAAGAAGGAGUUAGAAGCAUUCCAAUUGAGUCAAUCCCAGGAAUUCGGGAAGCAGGGUGGAAGCCACCCAAAGAGAAGAGUAAGGUAUCCAUGAUGACCGAGGAUCAGGUGUAUGCAUUAUACAAGGCAAUUAUGACUUCAGUAAAGAGUCACACCAGCUCGUGGCCUUUUCUGAAACCGGUUGAGAAGGCAGCGGCCCCUGACUACUAUGACCAUAUUAAGUAUCCAAUGGAUUUAAAGACAAUGCAUGAGCGAGUAAAGAACCGAUAUUAUUCCUCACCAAAACUUUUCAUUGCGGACAUGCAACGCAUCUUCAGCAACUGCCGGGCUUAUAACGCAGUGGAUACAGAGUAUGUUAGGUGUGCAAACACGCUGGAACGAUUCUUCUUCAAUAAACUAAAGGAGCAUAGUUUAGUUGAAAAGUGAACGCUAAAUCAUAUUGCCUCCAAUUCAUCUACCAGAACACAUAAUUAGCAAUCCAACUAGUUUUCAUCUGUUUAUGUGAGCCUGUGAAAAUGUAAGCUAGCCAUCUGUACAUUAUCUGAUUUGCUGGAUGUAUAUUAUACAUUUCACAUGAAGAUAAGCGUGUGAAGACUCUACAGCAUGGAGAAAAGUAUAAGGAAGUGUGCGUUGCUAAUAUUUAAGAUCAAGGUUGAUAUCAUCAUGAGUUAAAACUUUUUGUUGUCAUGCAGUUGAGUUUUUCCCUUUCUGUUAAAGGGUGCCACCAAGUAUACAUGUUACCACUUGCACAUAAUAAAUCAAAGUUUUGUAAGUUGCAACAUUUAUGGUGCAGUACAUUUCUGACAGCGAUAUACGGUGUUUGUGCGGUGCCACUAGUGUUGUAAUAUACAAAUCCAAAAGAAUAUCAUAUCUGCGAGUAUACUCAACCCUCAUUCAUGUUCUUUAGCAGUGAACAUGUUCAAAAGUAACCAUCUUCACAAGUGUGAGGCAUCUUGAGAAAAUGAACCUUGUACACCAGGUCAAUUUGAUAUAUUCAAGAAAAUUAUCUAAUCAAUAUUUUUGAUAAGAUUAAUACGUAUGUUUUAUGAUAGCAAAUGUUCUGAUUUUAAUUACAAAAGUUAAAGGUGUUUUUGAGGCACAUUUUGAAUAGCUGUUUUUCAGAAUUGGUAGGAAAACGAACACAAAAAUUUUUAGUUGUUUAUUUUUAGACACUAUUUUCUCUAAAGUACGUUUUCAGACAUCUGAAUUUGAAAAUGAUCUUACUCCAGUUUUACUCCACCCAGGAACCUGUCUAAAUAUAUCAAUAAAUCAUUUUUUAUAUGUUGUACAAAUGGACUCAUUUUGUCACGACACCUCACAAAUAUAAAUUAUAUAAGUAUAACAAAUAUGAUUUUUAUCACUUUUAUUAUAUCGAAGAAAUGUUUAAAAAGCUUGAAUUAAAAAAUGAAGAAGUGUAUUUGAUAUAAAAAUAUGUUAACUGAACACAUGCAGUUUUUUUACAGGGAAAUGACAAAUGUGAAAAUUGUAUAAAUGUUCCCCAACUCGAUAUAAUUAUAUGCUGUUUGUAGAUAAAGCUGUUUAUACUAAAAAAGAAAAAGAAAAAAAAAAA